AUGACGGUGAUGAAAAAAGACUUUGCAAGAAACAAGCCCGGGAUCCUCACGAUCAAAUUUCCAGUAAGGCAUGGCAUAAUCAUAGACUGGGAAGCAGCCGAAGCACUGUGGUGGCACAUUGUCCAGCAUGAUCUCAAGGUUGCUCCAGAAGAUCAUGCACUUUUAAUAUCUGAUCCUCCCCUCUCACCAACUACAAACAGAGAGAAGUUACUGGAGGUUGUUUUUGAGUCCCUCAAUUUUCCUGAGGUUUAUGUGGCAUAUCAGUCAGUAUUGUCAGUGUAUGCUCAUGGAAAAAUUAGUGGGUUGGUAGUAGAUAUAGGCCAUGCUGUGACACAUACUGUACCAGUCCAUGAAGGAUACAAUUUGCCACAUGCCAUAGAAAAGAUGGACAUUGCUGGAGCCAAUGUGACAUCUUUUUUGAUGGACCUCCUCAAAGACAUGGGGCAUUACUUUGAUGAAAGAAUGCUGGAUGUGAUUGAGGAUAUCAAACAAAAAUGCUGUUAUGUUGCACUUGAUUUUGAGACUGAGUGGAAUUGUCCAGAGGUAGACAAUACAGUGGAGUACCAGUUACCAGAUGGCCAAAUGAUCACUUUGGGGAAGGAGAGAUUCCAGUGCCCUGAGAUGUUGUUCAAUCCACCGCAAAUGCCUGGACUUGCUCUUCUGGGCAUCCAUGGCAUGGCCCAAACAAGCUUAAUGAAAGUUCCUGAACAAAUAAGGAAGGAAAUGUAUGAAAAUAUAAUGUUAUGUGGAGGGUCAUCACUUUUUGAAGGAUUUGAAAGGAGAUUCACUCAAGAUAUCACAACUAACUUGGAGACUAGCACAAAAAUCAAAGUCACAGCUGUUCCACUGAGGCACUAUUCUGUCUGGACAGGAGGUUCAGUUCUUGCUUCCCUGAAAAACUUCCAAUCAUGCUGGAUCACAAAGGAGCAAUACCAAGAGUAUGGACCAUAUAUUGUGCACAGGAUGUGCUACUGA